CAGUUCGUUUAGCGCCGCCGCGAACGGAUCGUUCGUUUCGGUCCCCAUUUAAUUAUUUUAUUUUUUUCUCUCCAUUAUCCGUCUCAAAAAUUUAUCUACAACAACCCACAUAAACUAUGUAAACCGAAAAAUAACAAUCGAAUUUAAAAUCUAAAAACCGCCAUUUAGAGCUUGCUGUGAUCCGUUUUAAGAAAAGAGUUAUAUUAUGGUGGUGUUUGAGUGUUUGAAACUUGAUUUUUAGCGUUUGUGGUGUUUCGAAGGUGAAUUAAAAGAGAUUUCCACUGGUGGAGAAUGUUCGGGGUGUUGAAGCGUAGAUGGAAGCCCAAAAGGGCAUCAAAUGGAGAAAUAACAACAAUCGAAGGCGGCGGCGGUCACGAAAAACCACGACUAACGCCAUCUGCGCGUCAAGUGCACCCCGUUUCGGAUGAAAAAACUCACGUCCUGGCCGCCUACGAAAAAAACGUCGUUGAAGUACGUUCGAAACGUGGGGCACCACCGCCCCCUAUGAUAGAUUUAAAUGCAAGUCCCCCGCCGUAUCCGAAACGUGCUAGUUUAGAAUCGAAUCCAAGUCCGACAACCUACCCUUUAGCGCCGAAUAUCGUUGUAGAGGGCGGAAGGAUCGAAUUCGCUAAACAACCGUUAGAUGGCGGCGGUUUCGUUUAUGACGUUGACGUCGUGACGCCGCCUGCUACACCUCGACUUGGUGCUCGGAUAACCGUUACUAGAGGGCAGCAAACGAUCGAUGUUGAGGGUGAUGAUGAAAAGUGUGAUGAAGUUAAGGAACAAUUGGAGAUUAGAGUUUUAGAAUUAGAGACGGCCUUGGAGAUGGCAAGAAAAACUGAGUUGAAGGACAAGCAGGCCUUGGCGAAAAUUCAGCGCCAAUUGUCAAGGAGGGAAGCGACUCAAAGAGAUGCGGACCGUGAAAGACGAAUGCGUGCCGAUAGUGAGGCCAGGGCCAAACAGGCUGUACAAGAAGCAGCGAGAUGCAGAUCAAGGCUCAAGUUACUUACUAGUGAAUUUGCAAGAAUGGAAGAAUCAGUUAGAUCUAUGCUCGUUUAUAAAAAGCAAGCCGAACAAUUAAGACAAGAAAAAAUAGCUUUAACUGCUGCUUUUGAGAAUCGGUGCCAACAGUAUCAAAACACAGUCGCAAGAUUAAACCAAGAAAUUUUUACGCUUCGCCAACAAUUAGAACAAGUUACAAAUUCAUCCCAAGAAGGUUUACUUCAAGCUCAAUCGGCCGCUUUACAUCGACAAGCUGAAGAAUCUCGCAAACAAUACGAAAGGUGCUUAGACGACGUUGCUAAUCAAGUUGUUAAAGCUUUAUUAGCACAAAAGGGUUUAAGAGAAGAAGUUGGUAAUUUAAAUAACAAAAUACUCGAAUUAGAAAAUCAAAAUCGAGCUCUAACUUCAAUGUUAGUCCACCAAUUACGCGGUGACAUCUCGGAAAGUGAUCAAAACCUUUCUAGGUUAGCUUUAGAAGACAAACAAUCUGAUAAUAACACUUCCGCUGACGUUUCUCCUACGAAUCUAAUGAAAUCGAGCCUUAAUUUCAAAAAUUGUAGCUCGUUUAAUUCGGAGUUUCUUUUACCGUCGCCGAAUUAUAACGAAGAAUCAUCUUCGUCGCCGGAAAGGGUGGUUAGUCGUAUCGAAAAGAGAUUAUCCGCGGGUUCGGAUAUUUUAGAUACGCGAUUUUCUUUGGAAGAUAAAAAAAGACAUCAAGUUUUAACGCGGCUUUGGACCGAACUAAAAGGAACGGAGGUAACCCCAAAAAGACUAAUUGAAGCUUUAAGUAGCGUUGAUUCAACACUUUGGGUACCACCACAACGCCCGGUUUCUUUAAAUCUUCAAUUACCAAUAUUACAAGCUGCGAAAUACAGGAGAUCGCGACCGGUUUUAGCACAUCAAAGUAGUAACUCAAAAAGUGAAGAAGAAACAACCGGAAACGAAUCGCCGGAAAGUAACGGAAAUAGAGACGAGGGGUACUCAACUAUGUCUUCAGAUGUUCAAGCCGAAGUUACACGAGGAUCCGGUGGUGAUGCAUCACAAGGACGGGGAUUGGAAGAUUUAAAAGAGGAAGAAUUAUUAGGCGGUGGUGAAACUAGACUUUUGGUAACUGACAAUAAAGAUCCGGAUAUUCUUUACAUUCCGUUUAAUUUACUUAAUUUGAAACCAAGAAAUAGUUUUCCACCUGGUAAAGAUAUUAUACCUUUUCAACAUAUCGUUAGAAGCUUUUCUGAUUCACAUCUUUGUAUUAAAAUUACUACAUCACCAAGUCCUUAUUAUACUUUUACAUCACCUAUUUCAAGUAGUCCAAGUAUUGUUUUAGUUGAUAUUACUGAGAAGACAAUAAAUCCUUUAAGAAGAACGAAAGGAACCGCUAGUUUAUUAGUUUCUUCAACUGGAAAUCCAAUUGAAUGUCUUCAUGAAGAAACAACAUCACCACACUCAUGGUCGAGUAUAGCAGAAGAACGUUUAGAAUGUUCAACAUGGGACGCGGAAUACAUUCAACAUUGGUUAAGAUUAGAUGAAACUCGCACAACUCUCCAACAACACCGCGAUUUAUUUGAAUUAGAAUACGAUCGAACUGAAUUGGAAGAUUGGAGUUUAUCGUUAUCAAACGAUGAUAUAAGAGAAAAUUGGAAAAGAGAUGCUACGACUCCGGGUCAAAUUUCUUUAGCGACUUUACCGAGUAUCCAAGAAAAUAAUACUUUAGAAUUAGAGGAAGAUUCGAACGAGUGUUUAUGGAAUAAUCCGAGUUAUUUAAUGGAUAAGGAAGGUCAUGAAAUCGUAACUUUAUUAAUGGAUAAUGGAAAUACAGAGAAACAAUGGCCUUACGCUAUUAAUAAUCACGUUAAUGGGGUUCAAAAUUCGCCUGAUAAUAGUUGGAGUAGUGGUGGGUCUGAUUGUUGUCCAUCUCACGAACCGGAAACUUGUUCGAAACGAUCAUCGGCGGCUUUAAGUGGGUGUAGUGAUGAUACGGGGGAAUUACCGAUGAUCGGAACUGAUUUUACUAGAGAUUUUUAUAGACUGGUUAAAUUUGAAAGUACGAAAAGCUUAGCUUCGACGUCUUCGAGGAGUCUUGGGGGUGCUUUAUCAGAAGCAGGAGAUAGAGAUACAGCAUUACAAAACGUUUUAACAUUUAUAGCGGAACAACAAAAAUACGUAACUCAACAAAGAGAUAAUUCAUCAACGACAGUUAGUGAAAUCACCAAAGAAUUUAACAUUGAAGCUCCUCCUCAAGAAAGAGACGAAAUUAAAUUAGAUUGUGAUUAUAUUAGUAAUAAAUCAAGUUCGACGAAUUCGGAACUAUCAAAAAUUUCCGACGAAGAAAACGUUAUUACAGUUGAAUGUAAAAACGAACAAAAUUUAAAUCCAAUUGAUGUAGAAAUAAAAGAUGUGAUGUAUGCUGAAGAAAUAUGUUUAGUAACUCCCAUAGAUAUUGAAAGUGAAAAUUGUUCAAAUUUAAGUGAACAACCCGUUGAUAUUUGUAGUAGUGUAAGUGUUGAAAUAAUGGGUAGAGAAAAAAACGAAGAAUUCAACGAUUUAAUAGAAAACGAUUCCUCUUCACUCAACGAAUUGAUAAACGAUCUAACUAAUAGCGAUACAACUAACAACAUGAGUGAAUCGAUGACUUCUUCAAACAGCACACCCGAUACUGUAAUUUCAAAGAUACCCAGAAGAAAAUAUUUGCCGUCGAAAAUCCCGGUCAGUCCAGCUAAAAACGUUGAAUCUAAUAGUAAUAAAAUAAAAAGCAAAAUUCCGGCUAAAAAUUCGAAAAUUUCGCGUCCAAAAACUCCGGCCCAGAAACAAAAAUUAAUUAAAAUUGAAAAUGAUAUUCAUCAAGCGAAACAGCAUGUAAUAACGGCGGAAAAACUUCCUCAACCGACAUCGGGGGUUAUUAGUAAUAUUAUUGAUGGCCCCCCGCAUCGAGCCGUUAGUUUUCACGAACGAGCCACCUCCAAAGAUGUUAUUGAUGAAUUAAAUCGGAUGAUAAAAAAUGGGGAAGAAGGCGAAGCGAUUGAGAAUGUUAAUGUUACAAUGGAUGAGGCGUGUAGACCUACGGGGUGGGUUCAUGUCGAACAGCAAGAAGUUGAUUUAAAUGAUCCAAAGGCUAGAGCAAACAUUUUAGACAUAAUGAUGACGUCCGUUUCGAGUGAUUCAUCACCAACAUCAUCUUGUGGGGGAAGUGUUACAAGCGAAUCAACAGAAGAACCUCCUGAUUAUGGCCAAUUACAUAGAAUACAUCGAUUUCAUCGACAAAAAAAAGCACACGCAGCCAGACCGGAAAUGAUGGCGGUCGUUAGAGCUUCGAUGCCACCAGCUCGACCUUCAAUAAUUGGUCGGCCGGAUUUUUUUGUGCGUUAUGGUGAGAAGGAACGUGAAGCGGUCGCUAGUUUUGAUUUUCUCGAUGAAUUAACAACGACGAGUAGCAGUUGUUGUUCCGUUGAAGAGGAUUCUUUGCCAAUCGAUGAAGUUAUAUUCAAUAAUAAUAAAACUGAAAGCGUUGUGUAACAAAAAAAAAAUAUCUUCAGUAGAAAAUCAAAAAGAAAUGAUUAAAAAUUAAUAAAAACGUGAAUGUGUACCUAUUUAAAGAGAAUUAAAAAAAAUUAAAAAAAUAACUUUCUUUUUUGUUGUAUUUUUUGAAUUAUUAUUU